AAUAUUUAAUAUAUUUAGCAAAAAAACUGCAUGUGAAUUAGUAUUUAGAAAAGCCCUAGCUCCCAUUUUUCAGCUUCUCUGGCUUUCCCCAUUUUCCCCGUCAGUCGGUCUCUCCACUGCCGCCGCCGUUGUCGCAUCACUGUUGCGCCACCGUGAUUCUCUACCUACUCUUAAUCCGGACUCCGUCUCCAUCUUGGUUUCAAUUUCACAAUAAAUCGGAAACUGAGCUGAUUGAAAUGACAAUCGUCUGAGACUCUUUUCGAGCUUGACGGAAUCUGUGGAGGGUUUGUGUACAUGCCAGAGAAGCUUUUGGUCUGCACUUCUAUAGCUUUAGCAAUGAAGCCAAGAUCCACUGAGGCACCUCGGAGGUCAAGAAAUGUUCAGGGGGAGGGACCAAAUUGGAUCCUUAUUGCAGGGAGUGCACUGCUUAGUACAUUGUCAGUUCGCCUCGGAUAUAAGCUAAAACAGGUCCUUGAUACUAAACAACUGGACAACAGUAGUCCAAGUUUAGAAGUUAAUGGAAAAUCUACUAACGGAAAGAAAUCAGGAAGCUGCUCUAUGCAUUCAAAUGCCUUUUGCUUUCCUCAAGAUGUUUGCUACAACCAUUAUUCAGAAACAGGAUCCAGGAAUGUGAUGGAAAUUAAACCACACGCCAAUGGACAGAUGAUGUCAGAACCUGAAAUGGCUCUUCCACUGGUGACUGUUCCCACUUCGGACUUCAAUAAAGAAAACGGGGUGAUGUGGUCGUCUUCUCCUGACCGUCUGGAGCUGCCCCAGAAACCUUUCCACCAAUCAAACAGCUCCGAAUCCCCUUGCGUCUCAGAAUCUGGUUCUGACAUUUUCAGCAAGCGGGAGGUCAUACAAAAGCUGAGGCAGCAGCUGAAGAGAAGAGAUGACAUGAUACUAGAAAUGCAAGAUCAAAUUGCAGAAGUGCAAACCUCUCUUGCUGCACAGGUUUCACAUUCUUCACACCUGCAAUCUCUUCUAGAUGCUGCAAACAGGGAUUUGUUUGAAUCAGAACGGGAAGUACAGAGACUACGGAAGGCAAUAGCAGAUCAUUGUGUCGGACAUGUCAACUCAGGUGAGAAACUCCCUACUGUUCCCAUUUGGCCAGCUGAAUCAAAAAACAAUAUGGAGUCUUCAGAGAAAGGGAGAGAUGGGGAAAGGAUUGAAAUGUUGAGGAGGGAAGUGAGUGAGUUGAAAGAAUUGAAUGAAGGAAAAGACUACUUGCUGCAAAGCUACAAGGAGCAUAACUUGGAGCUUGCAAUCAAGAUCAAGGAGUUGCAGAACAGAUUGGAUUCUCAACUUCCAAAUAUUUUGUAGGUGAAUUUAGCUUUCUUGUGCAUUCUGAAUGUGGCUUCCUGUUUUCUCUUCUCUCUUAUCCAACUUGAAGCUCUCAAUUUUGGAAACGUCAUUUUCGCACUUGUUUCCCCCUCAUUCUUCUUGUGCAUAUCUGGAAGGGAGAGUGAGAUGUUCAUAAAUUUAGAGUCAACGAGUAGUUUCGUGAUUUUGAGUGUGAUUGUUUGCCUUCAAACGUACACAUUGAACUUGCAGCAUCUUCAAUGUAAGAAGUGCUGUUAUUGUCCAACACUUUAAUAUGGAUAGUUAGAAUGUCUCA